ACCGCCGCGUCGUUGGAUACGCGUUCAGGCCGCAGCAACUCAAUUGAAAGCAUCUACUGCAUAUGUCGUGUAAAGUAUGGACUUAUCAACUAUUGAUGUGUGAAAAGAAGACAAUAUUGACAUUUUUCGAAUGUGAACGCAGGUGCAUCGCACAUUAACGCUUUGGAGGCCGUUUGUAACCAGAUUCCCGUUAGAUCAUGACUGCAGGCUCAAUCGUGGCUCCACAAAUCAUCCCUAUCAGAGCACCACUUCCUGGGAUAGUCAAGCACCAAAUAGACACUACUACACCUGUGGAGAUCAAAUCAGAUACCCCAGAUGUCACUAUUUAUUAUACGCUGGAUGGCAGUAAGCCAGAGGUCCCCAGGAGGCCUGGUCUCAGAGACAGCAGCAAGCUACAGUACAAGGAACCCAUAUGUUUACCUAAAGGAAAAGUGUAUGUGAAAGCGUUAGCCAGCACAGGUGAUGGCAGGGAGAGUGCUGUGGUGACCAAAGUGUUUCUGGUGGACCACAUUCCCUCUGAUGAUCCUCUCACCACUGAGGGAAAGCCCAAGAGGGAGCAGGAGAUGUGCGAGGGAGGUGACUCCUUUGCAAAAUGGACAAGAGGACUGGAAAAUACAUGGGAAGGCAGCUCAAAGGAGCAGCCAGCAGUAACCACCCGAGGAAGCCAUUCCCUUAAGACUUCUUCUAGCCCUCGCCCCCGCAAGCCCCCCUCCUCCAAGCAGCUGGCCAGCAUCCCACCAAGUCAGGCGCAUUCCCAGUAUAAGGACGUGGGCUGGGGAGAGCUUUCACUAAGAAGCUUAACGAAGACUCAGCUCUCCAGAAUCCAGAGAGAGACGGACUUCCUGCGAUGUGCUCAGUGCCUGUUCCCCCGCCCCUCCGACCCGUUUGCCCGCUUCUGCCUUCAGUGUGGUGCCCCUGUGCCCCCCAUCCCAGGGCAACGUCUGCCCCCCACAGAGGGUGCCCAGCUGGGCCUCUGUGUCUCCUGCAAGACCAUGGUGCCCCUGAAUGCCGUGACCUGUGUGGUCUGUGAAGCGCCCUUGGAGCAGCAGCGCCAGCCACAGGCCGCCAUCAGACUAAGCGACAAGGUGAUCUGUCCUGCAUGUGGGACGGGUAACCCAGCACACAUUGACUUGUGUGUCGCCUGCGAGACCAGACUCCUGAAACCGGCAACUGCUGUCCUAAGUGGCCUCAGUGCCCCUCCUGUGCCCAAAUCAGAUGGCAAGAUGGUCUGCUGUUCCAAAUGCUCCAGGAUCAACACCUUGGACGCCCGCUUCUGUGACUGGUGUGGUUCCAAGCCUAGCCGUUUAGCUAGUCAUGUAAGCUGCUCCCAGUGCGGGUCCACCAGUCACCCCUACGCCAAUUUCUGUGGUUCCUGUGGAGUCUUCCUGGCAGGACCCCCCAGAUCGGACUCUCGAACUGGCAUGGCUCAUUCCAGGGAAGGAGCCCCAGAGCAGGAAAAUACCUUCUGCUCGGACGCCGCCACCUGGCAGCCGGUCCCCAGCGCCUCCCCCCCCGCCACGGGAGCCCCACAGACGCCGUGCCGCAUCGACCGGCACACGCAGACGGUGGGCCUGUUUUAUCCAUCAGGAGCGGACCUGCAGAGGAAGAGCCAGCGGGCAGCACAGAACAUGGCCAGGCAGGAGCAGAUGAGUGACCGCAAACCACUGCUGUCUGCUGUGAGCCCCGGCAGAGGUUACUGGAGGCAACAGUUGGACCAUGUUUGUGCCCAUCUGCGAAGCUACACUCAGAACAGCCCAGAGUUCAGAGGUCUCAUGGGGGAACCUCGCAUGGGCAAGAUGACUUCUGCAGUCAUACAGGAAGAUGGCUACGAAGUCAGUCUUACGCUGAGCUUCGCCUUGGCCUCCCCUGACAGCCAUAAGGAGUGCUUUGUGGAAAAGACCCUGGACCGGUGUGGGAACCUCCUGAGCAGUGUGACGGAGGGUGCCGACGGCCUGUCAGACAGUCAGAGCAGUCUGGCGAGCGAAAACGGCGGCAUGUCAUUGGGUACCUCCUUAAGAAGGAGAAGAAUUCGGCGGAAGAAGGAUGCUUUUGACAGUGUGGGGAAGCUCCCAGAGUCACUAAACGACCGGCUGCUGCGGGAGCUGGGUCCUACUGGGAUGGGGCAGAUUCCCGUGGUGCAGCAGCUGCUGGACGAGGGUGCAGACCCUUCCUGUCAGAGCACUGACGGCCGGCCCGCCGUGACCGUAGCGGUCAUGAAUCUUCACCACGAAGUCAUCCCCUUGCUGGUGCAGAAGGGAGCUGAUGUGGACCAGCAGUCUGGACCGGUGAACAACACAGCCCUCCACGAGGCGGCUGCGUGUGGGACUCGGGGCCUGCAGUGUGCGGAGACGCUGCUGGGCUGCAGCGCCAGCAUCAAGAAAAAGAACGACCGCGGCCUGACUGUCCACGACCUGGCCGUCCAAUCAGGGUGCAGCGCUCUGAUCACACAGAUGGCCGUUAAGAUGGGACAGGGUCUGCUGGACAAGCUCUCCAGACCUGGGAAGAAUGGUAGCCUGGAAAUGUUUUGACAGAGGCACCAGACGCUCUUCCAAUUGAAAUGCUCCACUGCCAUGUUGGCUGUUAACCACUAGGGGUCGCCAAAGUGCUGGAAAUAGCACUGACAUAAAGUGAUGGCUGUAUUUUUAUGGUACUGGUGGGACUAACGUCCUGUAGAUUGAACUUUCUACUAAAUGAGAAAUCCUAAAGUAUAACGAAAAUGGUAAACUAAAUAUUCUCAUGUAUACAUAUGUCAAAAUCCGAGUGAGACUUAUAGCUGUAAUCAAUGAAAAGGUGCUUCCACAAAAUAUUAGGUAAAAGGUGUGCACAUUUCUGCAAACAAGGAACUGGUUUUUUAAUUUUAUUUUUCAUUAAAAUGGUGAUUAUUUCAAGAUCCUGUUCAUUGUGGAAAAAGUCCUGGCUUGAUCUGUCUAAAUUUUUAUUUUUCAUAUUCACUGCAUGUACAUUGGAGUUUAACAGUAUAUGGACUGUGAAUGAGAAUAUACAAAAAAAAAAAACAUUACUGUGAAGCCACCAGACCACUGGUCCACAAUCGAAAUCAAUUACUGCAGUAACUGUAACCAGCAAACAUCCUUCUUAGGAUCAAUCCCAUUCUCUCUCUGGCAUGUUCACAGUUCUUAAGUGUCUCACAGUGUGAGUGACGGAAAUUAAUCUGGAUUGACGGUUUUUAUUUAAUCUUAUGAACAAAUGCUUUCCCGGAAUUUGUUACUAUGCUUUUAAA